AUUCGAUUAAUCCCACCUCUGCGCCAGCUGACUUUGCGCGAGUAUAACUGGUUGCCUACCGUAAACGUCAUUUUACGACAGACUCCAGUAACCAUGGCAACCAAACAAAUCGUCAUUCUUCGUCUCUUUCAAAUCAAACGAACUCGAAAUGGCGCUUCGUUGUCCAGAUUUACCAUUUUUACCCGGAUAUACAUUUAAUUCAAUGCUCGGCAGGACCCGGUUCAACAUGGACCCCAAAUUCGAUUUCAUAGGCGAUGGGGUCCCUGCACUCAUCGAGAAGGUCAAGCCCAACAUGUUCGGCGCCCUUUCGGAUAAAUACCCGUCGAUUUAUCCAAGGGGCGAAGUUGCGGAAGUCCCCAGCUGGAUAGCCUUCGACAAACAGAUCUUGUGUUUCGACGCCUUCUUCAAAGAAACCCUCCAGGAAGUUCGCGGCGCUCCGUACAACGUCCGCCAAGUCAAAAUCUACCUAUUCCUAGAAGACGGGACGAUCCAAGUGACCGAGCCCAAAGUAGAGAACAGCGGGAUCGCGCAAGGGACUCUCAUCUGCCGCCACCGCAUUCGCUUCCCCGCCCCCAUGGACGACAACUUCUACGAGAUGAUCGAUUUGAACUUGGGCAAAGAGGUGGAGUUCUACGGACGCGUAUUUAAAAUCACCAACUGCGACAAAUUCACCCGGAAUUUCUUGAACCGUUGCGGAAUUGCCGUUCCCGAUCCCUUAAACACGCCCAGCGAUCCUUACAACGACUUGCGUGGCCAAGAGUGCUCGAAUGUGAAGCACAAAAUGAAGAAACGCGAAGACUCCCUCGGGAAGUUCCUGGCCAACGACCGGAAGGUCCUGCGGUUCUACGGUUACUGGGACGACCAGGAAACCGUGUACGGGUACUUGCACCGGCUCGAAAUACUGUACUACUUGGCGGACGACACGAUCGAGAUCCGCGAAGUGAGGGAGGAUUGCGGCAAAACGUCGAUUUCUAUGUUCUUGCAUAGGGAUAAGAUCCCGAAGACGUUCAACGGGUUGCCGAUGCCGGGGGCUAACUGUACCUCCACGGUUUUGAACGUGUUGGGGCCGGGCUUGCAGGGGGGGAGAUUCAUCGAGGAUCCUAUAUCCUGCGGGGUGGAAGUCAUCGAGUACUACUGCGAAAAGGACUUGUUCAUAGGGAGCGUCAUCAAUUGCUAUGGGAGAAAGCUGGUGCUAACCGACUGCGACCCCUACACCAGGGAAUAUUACAGGAGUAAGUACGGGCUGAACAGUCUCGACGCCAUUGCAUUACCUGAAGACAAGCACGCGGCGUUGAAAGUGGAGAUGAAGGAACGCGAAUUACCUCCUUGGAAUGGGUACGGAUCGUACGAAGACUCGGCCCAGAACUGCAUAACCGUGGAGCCGAAGGCUCCACAUCGCGACUUCAAGAAGUUCUUGAACCUCGACAGAGUUGGUUUGGAUAGCCACAUACUCCGGUUCCGGGCGUUCAUGAUUUCGAAAAUACCCGAGAACUGCACGAGGCAUUUCAUUGUCAGCUUCUAUCUAGCCGACGAUUCCAUCGCCGUGUUUGAACGAGGCAUUCGAAAUUCGGGUUUCGACACCAAGACGUUCUUCGCGAGGAAGCCGAUGGCGCUACCGGGUCAGGAAGUGUUUACCAGUAAACCUCCGGUUACUUACACUUCGCAACAUAUGUACAUCGGUGCCAUCAUCAUUGUUAACAGUUUUGUGUUUGAGUUGGUGGCCGCUGACGAAUAUGCGCUUAGAUACAUGGAAAUACACGACUAUCAGUACCCAAAAGCCAACAUUAAAGUGAUUAUGGGUAAAAUUCGGGAUAAGCUACGACCGACCUACAAGGAUUUUGUCGCAGAAAACAUGCCCAAGGACGGACAAUCCACCAUCCCCUACGACACUUUACGGGAGAAGCUCAUCGGGAUACUCGGGGAUGAUUUCACCGAGCACGAAAUGAUCACGAUUUCUCGAGCCUUCCCUGGCGACGUCUUCGACAAAAUUAAAUACAACCGGGAGCAAAUUCGAGCGAUUACUUUAACGGAGCUCAAGAAAGGUCUCUGGGACGACGUGACGAGACUCAGAGAGUACUUCUGGAUGAGGGACCCCGAAAGAAGAGGACUUUUGCCAAAGGACGUGUGUUACGUAGUACUGCGGGCAUGCAGAUUACCUUUGCAAAAAGAACUCGUGGAGAAAAUUCUCGAAGUGAUACAGAAAGACGAACAAUCUAACUUAUACUACGAAGACAUUCUAAAUUUCGUUAAUAGGGAAAUUUGCCGACUGGCGGACGUGGAGCCCGUCAACAUUAAACACGAUUUAAGCUGCAUCAAAGACAUCGAGUACGUCCCGUACCGUUUCAUCGACUGGUGUGGCUUCAACAACUUCCUCGCCUUAGAAGACACCUUCAAGCAACAAGGCCCCAACACAAUCAGAAUUCAACAAUAAAUCAUAAAACAUA